CCUAUCGAUGUGUUGUGUGAGGGCUAUCCCGAAGAGUUCGCUACUUAUUUGCGAUACGUUCGGAGACUUGACUUCUUUGAGACUCCAGACUAUGAAUACCUCAAGAAGUUAUUCAUAGAUUUGUUUGAAAGGGAAGGCCAUCAACACGACGGUGAAUACGACUGGACUGGAAGGCAGCAGUCACAACCGCAUCAGAUGACAGAUCCGCCUCCCAUUCCACGCGACCGACACCCGACCUCUAAUAUUAAGUUAACGGAUCGAAAUAAGAACGCGUGGAUGGAUAGACAGGAGGACAGGGGAGGCAUUAUGGGCGCCAGCGGUGCCGCUAAGCUAUUGGGAGGCAGUCUCACUGCCGCUGACAGACACGGAUCAGUACAAGUGGUGAGCUCUACAAACGGCGACCUCACCGCUGAUGACCCGACCACUGGUCACUCGAAUACGCCGAUCACAGGACCCGUUGAAGUGGAAGUGGUAUCAGAAACAAAAUGCUGUUGCUUUUAUAAGAAGAAGAAGAAAAAGCCUUCGCGUCAGAAGUGAUUUGAGUCCAACAGAUGUCUAAUUUAAUUCAAAUGAAUGUUUGAAAUUAAGCCUAACUUUUUGGUUCGCGUUAUUCAUUAAGUUUUACACUAAAACCCAAUUUUGGAUUCCAUUUGACGGCUGUUUUGGAACUCAGUUUUAGGACAAUGAGAGUGAACUUGACCUCCAAGUGCUCAUAAUGUGUGCUAACGUAUAGACAGUUUGUUAUUAAAUUCAAUGGAUAAAUCGAUUCAUUCUGUGAUCUUUGAUUAUCAUUAAUAUUAAUAUUCAUCGAAAGCAACAAUUAUUUGAUC